UCACCGGAAGUGGUCUCGCGGCGCAUGCGCAGUGUGCAGAGCAGCGCUAGCGGAGCGGAGGAGCAGAAGAGCGAGGAGUUUCUUUAGCUUUAAUUAUUCAACCUAUUUAUUAUAGUGUUUAUGAAUCUACGCGAUGGCGGGAAUCAAAGCUCUGAUCAGUCUGUCGUUCGGAGGAGCGGUCGGGCUCAUGUUCCUGAUGCUGGGCUGUGCUCUCCCCGUCUAUAAUGCGUACUGGCCUCUGUUCCUGCUCUUCUUCUACAUCCUGGCACCUAUCCCAUACUGCAUCUCUCGCCGCGUGGUGGACGACACAGACUCGGCCAGCAACGCCUGUAAAGAGCUGGCCAUAUUCCUGACCACAGGCAUCGUGGUGUCCGCCUUCGGGCUGCCCAUCAUAUUCGCCCGCGCCGAUGUGAUGGCGUGGGGAGCCUGUGCUCUGGUUCUGACGGGAAACAUCGUGAUCUUCUGCACCAUCCUGGGCUUCUUCCUGGUGUUCGGCUCUAAUGAUGACUUCAGCUGGCAGCAGUGGUGAAGCACGCCGAUCAUCUCAGCUCAUCACUUAUUUAUUACCGCCGUCCACUGAUAGACGCAGGAGUCCAGUGCAAUACUUGUGUUACUCUGACAUGGCUCUGACCUCAGCUAGACGUUCAGGUGGUCGCUCACAAACACUGGUUCUUCUUCUGCUGCUUUCUGUUACUCUUCAGUCUUUAGCUCUUCAGAGUUUAUUUAUUGGUUUUUGUUUUCUGAUGAUCGUAGUAAACGUGACAUCGUAGACUGACACUCAUUAUGUUAUUUGGGAUGAUUGUGUUUGUUGGUUUGUAUUGCACGUAACAUGCAGAUAAAACACAGAUCAUGUUUGUUUGUACAUGCAGACGAGCUCAUAUCAUCAGUUUCUGUAAAUCUGCAGAACUAACGCAGAAUCAGAGAGAGUAAAGUCAACAUGAGAAGUCACAUCAAGUCUUAUUCUGUCACACAUUAGUAUGAAAGCCUGUCUUUUAUCGAACCGUUCUGACUUCUUCCCCAGAACUGUAAGCUACAAACCCAGGAUUGUGAGAACAAAGUUAGUUUAUAUCUCUCAGUUCUGAGUUGUUUAUUGUGAGAUGUACUCGAGCUCACAUCUGUGUAAGUGUUUAACUGCGGUUUCAUGUGGACUUUGAAUCUCUGUUAUUUUAUAUCUCCUCACCGUUUGUGCAGAAACAGCACAGCUAACAAUGUGACUCUUCCUCUUUUCUUGUAUUUUUUCUUUUUUUAAAUAAACAGCAUUUUUGCC